AAUGAUUUUUUGCCAUCUUGUUAAAAAGACCACCAUGAUGUGUACCAAAGCCUGACAUAUUUGUUGAUUCAUGACUUAAUUGUUGGAAUUGGAGUAAUGUGUCAUUUACCUUAUUUUAGAGAUAUAGGGGAAUAGAGAUUGAACCUAUUCUAGUCUUUCACACACUAUUAGAUUGUAAAUCCUUAAACUUUGUACCGAUACACAUGAUCACUUGUCCAAGAAGUGUGCCAGUGCUUUAUUAUAUAUUUUUUGUCAGUUGCGGUAAAAACUUCCAGACUUAUUUUUCCUAAAGCAAUGAAUUUCAUAUUUAGACUAGCUAUCUAAAAUAUUCUGCUUUUGCAGCCAAUUUCAUUAUUCAGUUGCAGACAAAUUGUCUAAAAUGGUAAAUAAUCUGUUCUCAAAAUAAUAACAAAUUUGUCUUAUUAGCUCCACUCUUAUUUGACGAAUAAGUCUGGCUUCCAGAAUGCCAUGGCAUUAAUAACUACUUUAAUUUUAACCUUAACUCAAAAACAGUUUAAGAUACCGGUAAUUCGAAUGAGUCUGGGCACAUCAGCUGCCAUAGAUAAUACACAGUUAUGACAUGUCCCAAAACAGUGGCUCAUGGUAUUUAGGCAGGUAUUCAGGAUUGUUUAAGAAUUCCAUGACUGAUUUUUAGUAAUUUCUUUGAUUUUGCAGGUAAAGUAACGUGUCUGAAGCACAGUUCAAAAUUCAACCAUUUUAUGUGUUUAAAACAUAAUGUCCUUCUAUUGUAUAAUAUGUGUUAUUUCAAAACUCUUUUUGUCAUGAAUUGUGUCAUUAGUUAUACUAAAUAAACAUUGGACUUCACAAUUAUUAAUUGUUUAAAAACUGCCUGUUUACAGAUGGGGUCUUGGCCUGAUAUGCUGGGAGGUGAUGUCACUGGGGAAGGUCCCGUAUGCAGGUCUAGAUGAGCAGACGUACAAACAGACAGUGCUUGAUGGGUCACGCCCACCCAUGGGUGCCUAUAUGCACAUGUACAUGUAUCGUGUGCUGAAGAGCUGCUGUCAAUAUUACCCGGAUGACAGACCAAAUGCAGAGCAAGUGCUCAACCAGCUACUGGAUGUUCAGGGAAGAGUGUCUGAAUCUGAAGAAACUGCCAUAGAAAAAGAAAGGCGCCAUGGACAACCAUUGAACUCGAGACAGCCUGUGAUCCAGUCCUGUGAUGCUGUUAGACAGAAACGACCACAAGGGUCGGAUGAUGUUCGCCAUUAUAGUCCUGCUAGUAAAUCCACUAUUGAUGCUCACCAAAAACAGCUGCCAAAAUCAAAAGAAGAUGUGUCUGUAAUCCUAAACCCUAAAUUUGGUGCACGGUUUGCUAACAAACAUUCCAAUAAAGCCGAAGUCUGUGAUCAAGAUACAUUUUCCACCAAACAUACUGGUUUUCCCAAUGCAAAUCCUGGUGCUACAGGCAGACCAAGUGCUCGACCAAAGGCCUCCUACCAGGAGCUACAACAGAAACAAAACCCAACCACCCAUCAUCACCCAACCACCCAGACCCAGCAUCGCCCAACCUCCAAGACCCAGCAUCGCCCAAAUACCCAGACCCAGCAUCACCCAACUACUGAACAUCCACCAAGCACUGAGACGCAGCAUCACCAAACUACCCAACGUCAACCAACCACCCAGACCCAGCAUUAUCCAACUGCUAAACAUCAGCCACAUGCUCAAUGGGGCCUGAUGCACAAUGAUCAGCAGAGGAAAAAUGCACCCCUUGAGCGUCCUGGACAACUGUCAGCACACACUAAGCAGAAGAAUGACAAACUUCAGGAUAAAUACACCAACCACUUCAGUAACCCUUCUGAUACAGGAGUUUUCCCAGCCAACUACUUGAUGAAUAACCCUGAAAGAAACCGUGAUUGCACAUCUUCCACCACUCCUCACCAGGCAUUGAGGCCGGCUGAAAACGGUGUAAAGUUGGCAGACAGUGAAAUCCUUGAGACAAAUAUAAUGAAUCUCAAAAUGGCAGUUUUAUAUAUACUAAUUUCCGUAUCUAGACUAAAAUGGCAACUUAGCUGUCAAUUGUCUAUAUUUGUGGAGAAAGUUUAUUUGGGCUAUUUGCCAUACUUUAGUUAGUGCUUUUAACCAUAGGUUGACUUCCAAUAAGCAGAGAUUUAUUGGGAACAUGUAGUUCGAAAAUUAAAGAUCUGAGAGUAAUUUGCCUUGUAUAUUCUUGUACUCAUAUUGCAGCCAUAAACAAGUUUAUGUUUUAAUACAGUAAAACUGCAGUGGUUCAAACAAGCGUUCGUUUGAAAACCAGCGAUCAGUCGAGGUCAAAGCUUAGUCCAGAGCAUUAUUUCUUCUAUAUUCAUAUAAAUAUACUGACGCUGGAUCGAAACCUAAAUAAGUGAAGGAGUCGAGCACCAUUGCCGGUCCUGAAUACACAAACCAUGCACAAAACAAUGUUCCAAAAAAACACAAGAAAUUGGCAGGUGUGUAAGAUUAACACGGUUUAUAUUUGAUAAGGGCAUUUGAGAAGAUACUUGUGAAAAGUUAAUGAUGAGAAUUUAAUCAUAUU